CUACUUAAACUGUGUUUAGGAUUUAUACUUUAUAGAUUUAUAAUCAAAUAACUUAUAACACAGCAAAUUCUUGGGUAGUUUGCUGUUUAGCUCGGUAAAUAUUUUAAAUAUGGCUCGAAAUAUUAUAAAAUUAGGCGCAUUAGAAGCUCCGAAAACAGCGUUUCUUUUAUGUGACAUACAAGAAAUAUUUAGGCCACACAUUAAAUAUUUUAGCGAAGUUGUAAAAGUGGCCAACAAAAUGGUAGAGGCAGCAAAACAUUUCCAAAUACCUGUAUAUGUGUCCGAACAGUAUCCUAAAGGGUUAGGCCACACCACUAAAGAUAUUAACAUAGGGGAAGCCGCAAUGGUCUAUGAGAAAACUAAAUUUUCAAUGGUUACUCCAGAACUAGAAGGGAGGUUGAAAAAAGAUGUUCCAGGUUUGAGUUCCAUUGUAUUAUUUGGAAUAGAGUGCCAUGUAUGUAUUGAACAGACUGUGAUUGACCUUAUCAAUAUGGAUCUAUCUGUUCAUGUAUUAGCUGACGGAGUUUCUUCAAGGUCACUUAUGGACCGAGAACUAGGAUUAAAGCGUCUCCAGUCUAUCGGUUGUUUUGUUGCUACAUCAGAAAAUGUCUUGUUUAAAUUAAUGAAAGACAAAAAUCAUCCUGCCUUCAAACAGAUAUCCAAACUCAAUUCUCAACCCACACCUGAUGAAUUUGGCCUCACUAAGUCCAGCUUAUGAUUGAAAGAAAAAUUCAUUAUUGCUAGUUAAGAAGCAUACUUGGAUUGUCUUCAAAGCAGAAUAAUUUUCGCGUAAUACGACUAUACAUUUUAAAUAAAUAAAUAAUUAUAGAAUUUUA